AAAAUAUUUUUUGCAAUGCAAUGCAAAACAAUGUUCAGAAAUUAAAUAAAAAAUCCGUCUUUUGAAAUGUAUGAUUAUUGAAUAGCAAUAGCUUUAUCUAAAAUAAUGAUCUAAACAUCAAACAAAAUGAAUACGAAUACUCUGUGUAGAUGCUGCUUAGCAGAAGGAGUGCAUAAAGAUAUUUUCAAUGCUUACAACUCGACUGACAAUAAAGAGAUCUAUGCUGAAAUGUUACAGGAAUGUUUUAAUAUUGUAUGCACACAAAAUUUGUCUACCGGAAUAUGUGAAAAAUGUAUUGAAAUAUUAAGAAGUACAUUAUCAUUUAAAAGAUUAGUCUUGAAGUCUGAAAAGGUAUUGGAGAAUCUGCACCAGGAAAGAAUUGAUAAGAACAAUAAAAUUAAGUUGGAGCCGAAGUCAGAAGAUGAAUAUAGCAAUGGAUCUGAUGACUGCUACCUUGCACAGUUAUUGGAUGCUAAAAAGCAGUUAAAUGCUGCUAAAAUGAAUAAGAAGAAGGCGAGAGUAAAAGUAAAGAAAAAAAUAGGUAUCCCGAUGAAAGAUGAACGCGUUCCUGCAAAAAGUAUUAAAACUGAUUUAUUAAAGAAAGAUAUCACCAUAGACAUACGAAAGCCUAGUAAUACCAUAAACGUAAGAAAGCGUAAGGAAAUAGAGAUAAAAUUAAUCCGAUCAAAUGCAUUAGAUGUAAAAAUUAAAUUGUCCCGUUUAAAGAUGUCAAAUGAGAAAACAAAACAUGAUGAAAACCUUUCAACAAUUUUGAAGUACUCUAAUGCAGUGCCAUUCAAAAACAUUACAUUAGUUGGCGUUAUUUGUGGGUAUUGUGAUGCUACCUACCCUGAUCCGGUUGACUUGAGGAAUCAUACAGUAGUCCAUAAAAAGGAUCAAUUGGACCUGAGAAGCAACAGAGAUAUGUCUGAAUAUAUCAUAAAAUUGGAUGUGCAAGAUCUUACGUGUACUCUCUGUGGAGCAAAAGUUGAGAAUCUCAAUGAAUUAAAAGAGCACUUGAUCAAAAAUCAUGAUAAAACCUUCCAUAAGGACAUCAAAGAUCACUUCAUACAAUACAAGUUAACUAAAGGGGAUACAUAUGAUUGUGCAUUAUGUACAUGCCGAUAUGAAACGUUUAAGAUGUUGAAGCAACAUAUGAAUGUUCACUAUGAUAAUUACAUUUGUCAGAAGUGCGACUCAACUUUCAUUACUAAAAGGUCUCUAAUGUCCCAUGAAACUACACAUAAAGAAGGUAGUUUUAAAUGUGAUUUAUGUGAUAAGAUAUUUCCUAGCAGGCAAAAGAAAAUGUAUCAUGAAAAGACGAAACACAUGGGACUCAUAUCUAUAAAACACUGUCCUUACUGUGAUGUGUCAUUCCGGAGCUACUAUCAACGGAAUCUGCAUUUAGUUAAAGUACACAACGCGGAAGCACAGUAUAAAUGCAAUAUUUGCCACAGGGCUUUUGUUCUUAGAAGCCUUUUGAUGUGUCAUAUAAAGCAAAAUCAUUUGAUGGAAAGGAAUUGUCAAUGUACAGAGUGUGGUCAUAAGUUUUUUAGCAAGAAGGCGUUGAAAGCCCAUAUGAUAAAGCAUACAGGAGAGAAGAACUAUUUGUGUGAAGUUUGUAACAAGUCUUAUGCGAGAAAGUAUACACUGAGGGAGCAUAUGAGAAUACACAACAACGACAGGCGGUUCAAAUGUGUAGUGUGUGGAAGCGGUUUCGUGCAGAAGUGUAGUUUGAAGAGCCAUUUGUUGUCACAUCACGGCAUCAGUAUGGCUGCCUCUGAAAUAAACGUAGCGAAUUGAAAUAAAUUAUUUAUAUUGUA